UGUAAAGCAAUGUGAGGAAAGAGAGAGAAAAAGGGAUGAGAAUGAGACGCUAAAAGAAACAAACUUACCAGUCAACCGACCAAACUACCAGUCUUUGGUUGCUACCCUCAAAACCUAUUUUGCAUCUCCUUUCCAGGGCUGCCUUCAUUUUCAACUCAUUUCGGAGUCUCUCUUUCUCUCUCAAGUUUUAUCGUCUCUUUUCAUUUCGGGCCAAAAUUUUAAUCGAUUUGUAAUGGCCAGGACUGGCAACAAGAACAUACAAGCCAAGCUGGUGCUUCUUGGGGACAUGGGAACUGGGAAAACCAGUCUAGUGCUGAGAUUUGUCAAAGGGCAAUUUUAUGAUUUCCAGGAAUCAACAAUUGGAGCCGCCUUCUUCACUCAGGUUUUAUCACUAAAUGAGGCCACUAUAAAAUUUGAUAUAUGGGACACAGCAGGACAAGAACGAUAUCAUAGCUUGGCUCCUAUGUACUAUCGUGGUGCAGCUGCUGCCGUUGUGGUGUAUGACAUUACAAGCAUGGAUUCAUUUGAACGAGCUAAAAAGUGGGUUCAAGAACUGCAAAGACAAGGAAAUCCAAAUCUGUUAAUGAUUUUAGUGGCGAACAAAGCUGACUUGGAAACAAAGAGAGAGGUGGAGAAUGAGAAAGGUGAGCAAUAUGCUAAAGAAAAUGGCUUGUUAUUCUUUGAAACAUCUGCAAAAACUGCACAGAAUGUCAACGAGCUCUUUUAUGAAAUAGCAAAGAAAUUGGCAAAAGCCUGUCCUUCACGCCCAGGUGGAAUUAAACUGCACAGAAGAUCACAAGAAAGGGGUAGAAGACUGUUUUGUUGCUCUGGAUGAUUCCUGCACUCAGUUCAAAGAGUUAAGAGUGUAUGUAAUCUUCUCAAGGUACUUCUUUGAAUACUGUCAAGGAUAUUGCUGAAUGAAAUGAAGAUUCAAGAUCACUGAUCAAUGCUAAAAGAACAAGGUUUCACACAAGCAGCCAUGUAUUUCUGAUUGUUGUUUUGCAUGUAAAUUCUAAUUUCUAUUGCAAAAACAGAAACUUUUUUUACAUUCUGAUUCAUGUGUGAGUAAUGACUAUGGACAUGGAAACUGAAUAAAGGUGCAGCACCAACAAGUGCCUUAACCAAA